UCGGGUGGCAGUGUGUGGAAACGUCGGUCAUUCGCGGUCAGUCGCGGUCAGCUAGUUUGAGAUCGGAGAUGCGAAGAUAAACGUUUCUCUCGGGCUGUUUCUCUCGCGUGUGUGUGCGUGCGUGCGUGCCAAGUGUGUGCUCGAGCGCGCGACCAAUUCCGACCAACGGCCGCGGAUUCAGAGAUCCGGAAACGGUGCGCCAACGAUACAUCAGACGUAGCGGAAACGGUGGUCUGGCUUUGGGUCCGUCAUCCACAUCGGACCGGCUCGUUUAUGUGAUGAACGUGGUUUAAUGGUCGAUCCGCUAAAACUCUUCUGGGUUAUUACCAACAGCACCUAUCUGGUAACGAAAUUCAUUCGCAUCGGGAUAGCCGACAAGAACGACAAUCCCCCGUACUUCGACAAGGGCCUCUACGAGGCAGAGGUAGACGAAAAUGAGGACAUUCAGCACACGGUGCUCACCGUCACCGCCAAAGAUCACGACGAGUCCUCGCGUAUUCGAUACGAGAUCACGAGCGGGAACAUAGGCGGUGCAUUCGCCGUGAAAAACAUGACCGGCGCCAUUUACGUAGCGGGUGCACUGGACUACGAGACGAGGAAAAGGUACGAGCUUCGGCUUACUGCUUCGGACAACUUGAAGGAGAAUUACACGACGGUUGUAAUUCAUGUGAAGGACGUAAACGACAACCCUCCCGUCUUCGAGCGACCAAAUUACAGAACACAAAUUACCGAGGAGGACGACAGAACUCUGCCGAAACGCGUCCUCGGGGUCACCGCGACCGACGGGGAUAAAGACAGGCCGCAAAACAUUGUCUACUUCUUAACCGGACAAGGUAUCGAUCCCGACAAUCCUGCGAACAGCAAGUUCGACAUCAACCGCACGAGCGGAGAAAUCUACGUCCUGAAGCCGCUGGACAGAGAUCAACCGAAUGGCCGGCCGCAAUGGCGAUUCACCGUGUUUGCCCAGGACGAGGGCGGGGAAGGUCUCGUGGGUUACGCCGACGUUCAAGUUAACCUAAAGGACAUCAAUGACAACGCCCCGAUAUUUCCGCAGGGGGUCUACUUUGGAAAUGUUACCGAAAACGGCACCGCAGGAAUGGUGGUAAUGACGAUGACAGCCGUGGAUUACGACGAUCCGAGCGAAGGCACAAAUGCAAGACUAAUCUACUCUAUUGAGAAAAAUGUUAUCGAGGAAGAAACUGGCUCGCCUAUAUUCGAGAUCGAAUCGGAAACUGGCGUGAUCAAGACCGCAGUAUGCUGCUUGGACAGAGAACGCACACCGGACUAUUCCAUACAGGUCGUCGCGAUGGAUGGAGGAGGGUUAAAAGGCACCGGGACGGCGUCGAUACGGGUCAAAGAUAUAAACGACAUGCCGCCACAAUUCACGAAGGAGGAGUGGUUUACCGAAGUAGACGAGACGGAAGGACCAGAUCUGCCGGAAAUGCCGAUACUCACCGUUACUGUCCACGACGAGGACGAGACCAAUAAAUUCCAAUACAAGGUGAUCGAGAGCAGCGGUUACGGUGCCGAUAAAUUCACCAUGGUGCGAAACAACGACGGCACGGGAUCGUUGAAAAUUGUACAGUCGCUGGAUUACGAGGACCAACUGCAGAGCAACGGCUUUAGGUUUAGGAUACAAGUAAACGAUAAGGGCGAGGACAACGACAACGACAAAUAUCACGUUGCUUACUCUUGGGUGGUCGUGAAGUUGCGAGAUAUCAACGACAAUCAGCCGCAAUUCGAGAAAGCCAAUAUCGAGACCACCGUACCGGAGAACGCCCGAAUAGGCAGCAGCCUGGAAACGUUCAAGGCUACUGAUCCGGAUCAAGGUGGUAAGAGCAAGGUCUCCUAUUCCAUCGACAGAAGCUCCGACCGGAAGAGACAGUUUUUCAUCAACGAAAACGGCACGGUUUCGAUACAGAGAAGCCUUGAUCGCGAGGAAACUCCUCGGCAUCAGGUUAAAAUUUUGGCGAUCGACGACGGAAUACCGCCCAAAACUGCAACCGCCACCCUGACAGUCGUGGUGCAAGACAUAAAUGACAAUCCACCAAGAUUCCUCAAGGACUAUCGUCCGGUUUUGCCGGAAUUCGCGCAGACCAGAAAGGUCGUCGAAAUUCUCGCUACUGACGACGACGAUCGAUCGAGGAGCAACGGUCCUCCGUUCACUUUCCGAAUGGAUCCGAACGCCAACGAUGUUAUCCGGGCUAGCUUCAAAGUUGAAAGCGAUAACAAGGGAGCUAACGGGGAUGGAAUGGCGGUGGUGUCGUCCCUACGAUCCUUCGACAGAGAACAGCAAAAGGAAUUCUUGAUCCCCAUUGUCAUCAAGGAUUCCGGAAAUCCUUCUAUGUCCGGAACCAGUACGUUGACCGUUAUCAUAGGGGAUGUUAACGAUAAUAAAAUGCAACCUGGCUCCAAGGAAAUCUUUGUAUAUAACUACGCAGGACAAUCGCCUGAUACCGAGAUAGGUAGAGUUUACGUGUACGAUUUGGACGACUGGGAUUUGCCGGACAAAAAGUUCUACUGGGAGGGAUUGGAACACGCGCAAUUCAGACUCGACGAGGACACGGGGAUGAUUUACAUGAAGUCCGGCACGCACGACGGCAAGUAUCAUCUGCGGUUUAAGGUUUACGAUCGUAAGCACACGCAGACGGACGUGCCCGCGAACGUGACCGUAACCGUCAAGAGCAUUCCGCACGAUGCGGUGCUGAAUUCAGGCUCGGUUCGAAUAUCCGGAAUAACGGACGAGGACUUCAUUCGCGUGUGGAAUUAUCACAAUCAAACUCUGUCCCGGAGUAAAGCGGAUCUGUUUAGGGACAAACUGUCGCACUUGUUGAACAUAGACAGGGAUAACGUGGACGUUUUUAACGUUCAAUUAAGAAGAGUGCAUCCACCAUUGACGGACAUCAGAUUUGCCGCGCACGGAUCUCUUUAUUACAAACCGGUCAGGCUUAACGGCAUUGUACUUAUGCACCGCGAAGAGAUCGAGAAAGAUGUGGGUAUCAACAUCACGAUGGUCGGCAUCGACGAGUGUUACUACGAGAACGAGAUGUGCGAAGGCAGCUGCACGAACACCCUCGACAUCAGCAACUUGCCCUACAUGGUGAACGCAAACAGAACCGCUCUCGUCGGCGUGCGCGUUGACGUGAUAGCCGAGUGUACAUGCGGAGCGCGGAAUUUCAGCAAGGGCGAGUCCUGCAGAAACAGUCCCUGCUACAACGGCGGACGUUGCGUGGAAGACCGAUUCGGAUUAUCAUGUCAAUGUCCGUCUGGCUACAACGGCCCGAGAUGUCAGCAAACAGCCAGAAGCUUCCGAGGCAACGGUUGGGCGUGGUAUCCCGCAUUGGAGAUGUGCGAUAACAGUCACUUGAGCUUCGAGUUUAUCACGAGAAAGUCGGACGGUUUAUUGCUGUACAACGGUCCGAUUGUGCCUCCCGAAGUCGACGAAGUAAUGGUUUCUGAUUUUAUCUCGGUCGAGUUGGAACGCGGUAUACCGAGACUGCUGAUAGAUUUUGGAUCGGGUACAUUGGAACUGAAAGUGAAACCGAAGAAGACCUUGGACGACGGCGAGUGGCAUCGGCUUGAUAUUUUCUGGAAUACGGAGACUGUGAAGCUCAUCAUCGAUUACUGCAAAUCCGCCGAGAUCUCCGAGCUGGAGGACGGAAGCCCGCCGGAAUUCAACGACACCAGUUGUCAAGCUACAGGCACAGUGCCGCCAUUCAAUGAGUACCUGAACGUUAACGCGCCCCUGCAAAUCGGCGGUCUCUAUGUCGAGCAAUUUGAUCCGACGCACUACAAGUGGAAGCACAUGCCGGUGGGGAAGGGCUUCGACGGCUGCAUCAAGAAUUUAUUCCACAACAGCAAGCUGUACGAUCUGGCUCAUCCGGGACUGUCGAGAAACAGCGUUGCCGGUUGUCCGCAAACGGAAGAGAUCUGCAACAAUCAGGAAUCGACCUUCCGCUGCUGGGAACACGGUACUUGCGUGGGCAGUUUCACCGAGGCGAGAUGUCAGUGCAAUCCCGGCUGGACCGGUCCUGGUUGCAUGACGCCGACGAUUCCGACCACGUUCAAGCCUCAGAGUUACGUCAAGUACGCGCUAUCCUUCGAACCGGACAAAUAUUCCACUCAGGUGCAACUGAGAUUCCGCACUCGAGAGAUUCACGGCGAACUGUUCAGAGUGAGCGAUCAGCACAACAGGGAAUACGCCAUUUUGGAGAUCAAAGACAGCAGAUUGCACUUCAGGUAUAAUCUGAACAGUCUCAGAACCGAGGAGCGAGAUAUCUGGCUAUCGGCAAUAGCCGUCGAUGACGGACAGUGGCACACGGUCAGAGUGUCGAGAUACGGAUCCGCGGCAACUCUGGAGUUGGACGGCGGCGAGGGACGAAGAUUCAACGAAACCUUCUCCUUCGAAGGCCAUCAGUGGCUUCUGGUGGACAAGCAAGAAGGCGUCUACGCAGGUGGCAAGGCGGAAUACACCGGUGUUCGCACAUUCGAAGUUUACGCGGACUAUCAGAAAGGCUGUCUGGAUGACAUAAGAUUAGAAGGAAAACAUCUUCCGUUACCGCCAGCUAUGAACGGGACUCAGUGGGGACAGGCGACGAUGGCGCGCAAUCUGGAAAGAAACUGUCCGUCGAACAAACCGUGCGCCAACGUCAUUUGUCAAGAUCCCUUCGAGUGCAUUGAUCUCUGGAACGAAUACGACUGCACUUGCGGAGAGGGAAGGAUUCCGUCGCCGGACAACAAAGGAUGCAUGGACAAAAAUGAGUGUAUAGACUAUCCCUGCCUGAACGGUGGCAGAUGCAUCAAUCAGGAUCCGCGAUUUCGCUACCGAUGCAUCUGUCCGGACGGAUUUUGGGGCGAGAACUGCGAAUUGGUUCAGGAAGGACAGACGCUCAAGCUUAGCAUGGGGGCACUAGCGGCUAUUCUCGUCUGUCUCUUGAUCAUUCUUGUUCUCGUGUUGGUAUUCGUCGUUUACAACAGAAGACGGGAGGCGCACAUAAAGUAUCCCGGUCCGGACGACGAUGUGAGAGAAAAUAUCAUCAAUUACGACGACGAGGGUGGCGGAGAGGACGACAUGACCGCGUUCGACAUCACGCCCUUGCAGAUCCCGAUCGGCGGCCCGAUUCCGGAAAUGGGCGGCAAACUACCUCCGUGUAAAGUAGCCUGUACGUUCACGCUUGUGUUGUUUAAUAAUUCAACAAAAACAAAAAAUUUACAAGAAUGUCAAGAAUAGAAGCAUUAAAAUUCGAUCAAUUCUGCAGAUCCGCUCGGACCGGAGCCCAACGUCGGCAUCUUUAUCGAAGAUCACAAGAAAAGGGCCGACAGCGAUCCGAACGCUCCGCCAUUCGACGAUUUACGGAAUUACGCGUAUGAGGGCGGCGGAAGCACGGCGGGUUCUCUGGAAUCACUAGCUUCCGGUACGGACGACGAGCAGCACGAGUAUGAAUAUCUAGGCGCCUGGGGUCCGAGAUUCGACAAACUUGCCGACAUGUACGGUCCGGCGGAGGAGAGCGAGGAGGAGGACUAAUCAACGACACACGCAACAGUCAAGUCUGUACACCCAUACCGCACCAUCGAGUCACACGAGUCCAUAUCAUCCGAAUGAGAGUGUUCGUGCGACCUUAAGCGAUCUGUCACGAUUGGACGGACGGCUCCCGGGGAUCUUGUCACGAACAUUCGGAGGAUCCCGAGGGAGAAGGGAGAUAGUCUCCCUUCGGCCAGAGGACGAAUCUUCGACGUACCGAGAUAGAUAGACGACUGCCUCUCCUCGUAGUUGUGCGGCGUAGUGAAAGUACUGGUGACACACGUGAUGUCACACGUCGUGCCACGUCGCGUCAACGUCGCGUCGCGACGUGCCACGUCGUGUCAUCCGCGAUGCGUGCACGCCACAAACACACGAGACAAACACAAACGGGGGGGGGGAGGGGGAAGGGGUUCGUAAAGGUGUAAUACACACACGAACGUUGCGAUAAUGCGACGGUAGAUAUGUAGAAGGUGAUUAUAUAGAGGCAAUCAAGACACGGAGCAAGUCGCCGCAUCACACCUAUCUGUAUAGUACGUUAUACAUACGUAAAACAAAACAAAACAAAACAAAACAAAAAAAAAACAUACGUAGUGAAAAAUCCAAAGAUAUUACGCGACGAGACUUUUUCUAACGAAUCUCCUCCCUCUAUCCACUCCACUCCUUUCACGAAUCGUAUCGAGAUAUCAUUUGUCAAAUAUCGCGUUGUCGUGGGAAGGAAAAUCAUCUCCGCGCGUAUACUUAUGUACACAAUAUAUAUAUAUAUAUAUAUACACAUAUAUAUAUAUACGUGUAGGUAUAUAUCGCGUCGUUGUGUCGUCAGUGUCGAAUCGUAGAUUGACAUGUCAUACGUCCCCCUUGCACAGCCCGGGAUCGUUUAUUUAUUUGUCGACGCGAAUCGAAACGACGUUAGAUGUGUUGUAACGACGUUAAUCAUGGGCAUUUACACAAACAUAUUUCCUCAUUCGUACAUACAUACAUUACACACGCACACAUUACGCACGCACGCACGCAUACAUCAACACACGACGUUAUCUCGGUGUCAUGAUUCGUCGGCGGCGGGUCAAUUUCCGCCGCGCGAAUUUCUUCGUUUCCUCGUUCUUCUUCGCACGCAUCCUCGUUAUUUCGUUUCGAUCCCGGAACGAAUCCCAACGGAAGCAACACAACGUCUCUCUCCUGAAACGGACGAUUCUUACCGUAGAUAGUCUGCCAUAAUAGAAAUUAUCGUUAAGAUAUCGUUAGUUGUCGCGACAUCGGCUCACCGUCGUCACUAUCAUCGUCAUCGCCCAUCCGCCAUCCUCACUAGUUGAUAGUACAUUAUAUUAUAUUAAAUAUAUAUUCUAAUAUAUAUAUAUAUAUAUUAUAUAUAAAUAUGAAU